GGCCGCGAUCGACUCCACUGUGCGAGACGUUGCUUUGUUUACGCCGCAUUUCGCUUGGAAAAAAGUGCCGAUAUUCCUUCCAAAUGUGCGUGGAUUCCCUCAACGAGCUGCUGGAGAAGCCCUUCAAGUGUUUCACCAAAGAGGAGCAGCUGGAGAUUGUGCGCAAGGGCCGAUUUACCGACCUGACGAACCUCUCGCAUAGCGACAAGGGUAAGAAGCGUACGUUCUGGACGACGUGGUACCAGAAAGUAACAUGGCUGUCAGGCAAUACCGUCAACAAGAAGCUGUACUGUUGGAACUGUAUCCUUUUCCCUUCGGGCAGUAACAGGACGUGGAACAAAAUGGGCUUCGACGACCUGAGGAAUCUCUCGCAAGCCACGAAAAAGCACGAGGAGAGUCGGGAGCAUAUCUACGCGACCGUCAAGUUGAGACUGUUGUGCAAAAAGGGCCAGAAAAAAACCGAGAGCGUGGAGGAUCAUGGGAAAAAAAUAGAGGUGAAAAGAAACAGGGAAUACUUGGAAAGGUUAAUCGAUAUUGCUGGUACGUUAGCUCGUGUCGGAGUGCCGCUCAGAGGGGGGGAAGACGAGGAAGACUUGUACGGAAGUAUGGUACACCUGAUGAAAAAAUACGACGACGUCGUCCGCACCCAGCUUGAGCAGGGUCACAGUUUCCACGGUUUGACGUCUACGAUUCAAAUCGGUUUAAUUCAGUCUAUGGAACAGGCGAUCCACCAAAGGAUAGCAGAAGAAGUGUCUAGGGCGACUUUUUUCUCUCUAAUGGUGGGCGAGAUGAAUUCCGACAUACAAUUCAAACGCAUAUCUGUUUCUAUAAGGUACGUAACCAAUGGGGUGCCCGUAGAAAGAUUCAUCGGACUCUUCGAAGUCAACCACGGAGCAAAAGCGGAAGAGGUAGCCGCCAUAUUGGACACGGCUCUCGACAGAUUCAAUUACAAAGAAAAGAUGAUCACCCAGAGCUACGACGGUCGGGUGGUGAAAGCAACAGAGCUGUACAGUCUGCAACAAAACGUGAAAAGUCGGCAACAUCCCCACUGCCAAGCUCAGCUGGUGCACUACUACGCGUUGGACUUCGGGGUAGUCCUGUCGCAAGCUCUGAGCUCUGUCCAAGAAUGCAAACUGUUCUUUUCCGUGAUAGCGCUGUUCUGCAAAUUUUUCCAAGACCUGAACUUUCAACCGGACAAGAAGCUAUUCGAAUCCAUCCCGACGUGUGUUGCGAACUUAAAAACCCAAUAUGAACCGUUGCUGAGGCUCCUGGAAUACAUCACUACGGACGAACAGUAUGAAAACGCCCUAACCCGCGUCGCUGCAGCCGUCAACUUAAUAAAUCACAUGAAAAACUUCAGGUUCCUGAUCUUCGUCACGAUGUUCGCCAAAUUCUUCUCGCUGAUCGGAGAAUUUAUCAACCGCAUCCAAGGGAGAAUCCUAAACGCCAAGGAGUGUCGCAGAGAGGUCAACUCUUUGAUAAAAAAUUUAAAGAUAUACAAAGUUAAUUCGGAUUUUAAUUAUUUAAUCCGAAAUGCCGUUCAAGCUCCCAGUGCAGAUAUAAGCGCGUCCACUAUAGCCAACAUGUUCGCGUUAAACGUGCAAAUUCUGGACAACCUCAUCCACGAAAUAGAAGGAAGGUUUCUGGACAUAGAACUGGGUGACUUCUUCGUACUGGUGGGCGUGGAAAAUUUCGCCUUGGACGCAGCACAAACCAAACCUUUAGAUAGCGCUCUACUCCUAAGCAUAAGGGAGAACUACCCCAAAUUUUUCGACACCACUAAGUUGAGAAGCGACCUGGAUUUGCUCUACGGCGACCCCUCUAUAGGCGGCUUUGGAGAGCGCAACAUAAACCAGAUUAAGGACAUCUUAAAGUUCGUCCACGACAACGACAUAAGAGAUAACGUUCCGGAGCUGUACAAGCUUCUUGAACUAGUUGUGACCGUCCCUUCGUACGCUGAACCGUUAGAAGGGAUGUUGUGCGUUCUGAACCGGAUCAAUUCUUACUGCGGUUCGCAGAAAAAAGAAGAACCCAGGAGCGGACUGGCCGUGCUGGCUAUAGAAAGGGACCUACUGCUCGAGAUGGGGAAGAAUACUCAGUGGUAUUCGCAAGUAAUUGACCAUUUUGCCAAGUUACCGACUACGAGUAGCAUAGAACUUCUGUAUAAAAACACAAGCGAUGAACAUUCCAUACCAAAACCGAAAGCUGAAAUGAUUUGGGAACCAGAGUUAGAGAUCAAAAGUGAACCCGACACGUUUUGAAAAUGUAAAUAGGACAGUAAAUAUAUUUUUUCCCAAAAAAAAACAAAUUUUUUUAAUACAUCAUUUUAAUAUAAGAAAGGAUAUAACUGGGGUGCAUUUAAUAAAAAUAU